CGUGUGUCUAGAGGCGACUGCCGUGAGAGCGGUCUGGUUUGGUUCGCACUCGCUGCUUCCGGGUUUUGUUUUGUUUUUUGCCUUUCUUCUCUCCUCCCCACCGGGUCAAUCUUCUAACCUUCGUCCGCGAUGCCGUUGGAGUUCGAAUUGUGCCCGGGCCGGCUGAUCGGCGGGGACCACCCUUGCUUUAUUAUCGCCGAGAUUGGGCAGAACCACCAGGGAGACCUCGAGAUCGCCAAGCGGAUGAUUCGCGUGGCCAAGGAGUGUGGAGCAGAUUGUGCCAAGUUCCAGAAAAGCGAACUGGAGCACAAGUUCAACAAGAGAGCCUUGGAGAGGCCCUACACGUCCAAACACUCGUGGGGGGAAACGUACGGAGAGCACAAGCGCCACCUGGAGUUCAGCCAUGACCAGUACAGGGAGCUGCAGCGCUACGCCAAGGAGAUUGGCAUUUUUUUCACCGCCUCUGGCAUGGAUGAGAUGGCUGUGGAAUUCCUGCAUGAACUAGAUGUUCCAUUUUUUAAAGUAGGAUCAGGAGACACAAACAAUUUCCCCUACUUGGAAAAGACAGCAAAAAAAGGUCGCCCAAUGGUGAUUUCCAGCGGGAUGCAGUCAAUGAGCACGAUGCAGCAAGUCUACCAGCUGGUGAAGCCCAUCAACCCAAACUUCUGUUUCCUCCAGUGCACCAGUGCGUACCCUCUUGAGCCCGAAGACGUCAACCUUCGGGUCAUAGCGGCCUAUAGGUCUGCGUUCCCAGAUAUUCCUGUUGGCUAUUCCGGUCAUGAGACGGGGAUAGCCGUUUCUAUCGCGGCGGUUGCGAUGGGAGCCAAAGUACUGGAGCGCCACAUCACACUGGACAAGACUUGGAAAGGAAGUGACCAUCAGGCAUCCCUGGAGGCAAACGAGUUGGCGGAACUGGUCAGAAGUAUCCGGAUGGUGGAGAAGGCCAUGGGGUCUCCCAUCAAGCGUCUCUUGCCCUGUGAAGUGGCGUGUAAUGAAAAGCUAGGAAAGAGCGUUGUUGCAAAAGUGAGGAUUCCGGAAGGCACCGUGCUGACCCUGGACAUGCUCACGGUCAAGGUGGGGGAACCCAAAGGAUAUCUCCCAGAAGACAUCUUCAACUUGGUGGGCAAGAAGGUCAAGAUCAACAUCGGUGAAGAUGAAACUGUCACCGAGGACGCCAUUGAAAAUCAUGUGAAAAAAGUGAAAUGUUAAAAAUGGAAAGUGUUUGUGUGAUUUGCUAUGGCAAUACGCUGAUAUCGUAGAAUUGUAUGCUAGAACAACUGAAUGGAAGGGUCUUUGGGGAUGCAAAUCUUCAAGGGGUUUUUCUUUUGGAUGAACAAAAAUGCAAGCACAGCACCUCUUGUCAUUUGCAGCAGAGGCUCUUAAUAGAGACGGAGCAGUCUAGUACAUGUGGAGUACCUUCAGGUCUUCUUGCUGAAGGACCUUGUUAAAGCAUGUCCAGGGGGUGUUUUCCAAAGGGCAGCAUGGAGCUUUGGAGAAGGUAUUUUAGUGUGGGCGGGAUGAGCGGAAACUGUGAACGUUGACAGUAGUAGAGCACUUUGUAUUUAUGUAGGCCAUUGUGUGGUCUGUUUCUCCCAUCUAGUACUGAGAAUUCAGCACAAGCGGGUGUUUGAUGUGCCAACUGGGAUACCUGAGCAGCUAGCUGCACCGCUGUUGAAUAACCUCCUCUGUGCCCAAACUAUUGUUUCCAGGCCUUCUUCCUAUCAGAUGUGUGUGUGUGUGUGUGUGUGGAAACAACAUGCUUUUAAAUGGCUGUCAUCAUGUUCCACAGUCGACUGUGUUAUUUCAUGGGACGUUUAUUGUCGCUUGAGAUAGGUAACUUUGUCUGUACGGCUGCUUGGCAGAGUUCAAAGCCUUUCUGAAGCCUAAGGAGCCACUCAGGGUGGAGGAAAGUUCCGAAUUUCUGCUGAGAGGAGUGGUAGGAUUAAAGCUGGUAUCAAUUAAUCACAAGGCUGCUUAAGCAAUUAGGGAAGGGAUUUGGGGUCAGGGGGCAUAUACUGUGGCUGCCAUAUUGAGCUCAGCUCUUGAGAAACAGGGCCGGUGUGCCACCACUGGCAAGGCUAUGCCAGCGAGCCUCUCACACGGAGACCCUUCCGUUGGCAAAAAAAAAAAUCAGAUUCUGCAUAUAAACAGUAGUGUUAAAAGAAUUAAAUUCCAAGUCUUCCCACUCUUGUACCGUUUCCCCCACUCUGAACUGGCCUUGGGGGAACAGCUGCCUACCACUGUGGUGCAUGCCUGCAGGUACCAAUGCGAUAGUCUUGGAAGUCCGAGCAUCAUGCGUAAGAGCGAGCCCUAAAGAAAGAUGCUUACAAUUUUGAGAUGAUUAUAUGUGAUAUGGUUGGAACCAUCUGGAUUUCUAGGAACAGACCUCCGCCUUUCUAGUGGGUGUGCUCCGAGGCAGGUGUCUUGGAGGCCUCGAUGACGACAAUGCCAUGUGCUUAUAGUGGGAAGAGAGGGCCCAAGAAGACUGUCCUUCUCACUUGUGGUUUACCUGUUUUUAAACCGAACCCGGUAGGCAAGAAAGGGGCACUGGGCUCACAGUGGCAGGCCUGAGCGCCCCCCCCUUCCCCCGGUCAUCACACUCGCAUAAGCCCUUGGUGGGGGAACAAGCGCGAUCCUGAUCCUUUCUCUCUCCUUCCCUUAUAUUUUUGAUUGUGUGGCUGAUGAUUGGCUGUUAUGUAGUACUUCUGCCUUUAAAAAAUG